GUGUCCCCAUGUGGAUGUAGCCCUCGCUGCUGUCCCUCCCCGUGUGCCCUUGGUGCUGACAGGACAAACACGGGAUUAUUUGGACACUGUGUUCCUGUCAAAUCUCGUGUUUCCCUUGCAGAUAAGAGCACAAGUGCAGCAGGUGCUUUCAUUGCCUUCAUUUCUGUUGACCUGGCUGACCCCACCAGCCCCGGGAUCCCAAACGCUGUUUUGCCACUGCCCGUGGCCUCCAGGGCCAAGGCUCCCCCAAAACAGCCUCAGUUUCCAGUUCAAGGGGUAAAAAUGACAGAGUUCUAGCCCAAACUCCAGGGUUUAUUUCAAAGCAUGUCUCUGCUGUGUUUAGCCCCAAACUCGGGCCCGGGGAGGCCGAGCCCCAGCCCUGCUCCAGCCUGGCCGUGCCGGGGCUUGGGCAGGGGGUGAGGCUCGUGCCCUCUUUGUGCCUCCAUUUCCCCGUUCCCCCGGCGCCCACGCGGCUCCAUUCAGGCGCUGCAUCGACCCCCGGGAACCGCCCCACAAACCGAGGCCACGGGGAGCUGCAGCCGAGGCCAACCCGGGCCCAGCCCGGGACAAACCCGUGCCACCGCUCUGGGACACGGGGACAGGAGGCGGCAGCGCCUCGCUGGCAGCCGGAGCCGAGGGGCGCUCGGGGUGUCCGUGGGGCGGCCCGGCCCGGGCGCCGUGUGUGCUUUGGCACGGGGGCCAAGGCCGCUCGCUGCGGCCGCGGCACCUGCGGCCCUUCCCGCGCCUCCUCCCGCGGCCCCGUUAAAGCUCCCGCGGGGCCGCGCCUCGGCCCCACCGCGGACACCGCGCUCCCCAGCCAUGCUGCACCUCGUGCUCCUCGCCGCCCUCGCCCUGUGCGGGCGCUGCUCCGAGCUCGAUGUGGAUCAGAUGCAGCGGGUGGUCGGCGGCACCGAGGCGCGCUCGCACGCCUGGCCCUACCAGGUCUCCCUGCAGUAUUACUCCGGCGGCGGCUGGCACCACACCUGCGGGGGCUCCCUCAUCCAGAGGAACUGGGUGAUGACCGCCGCCCACUGCGUCAACAAUAACAUGAACUACCGUGUGGUGGCCGGCGAGCACAACCUCAACAGGAACGAGGGCAGCGAGCAGAUCUUCAGCGUCAGCAAGAUCAUCGUGCACCCCUACUGGAACAGCAACAACGUGGCCGCAGGCUACGACAUCGCCCUGUUCCGCCUGAGCACCUACGCCACCCUGAACAGCGCCGUGCAGCUGGCCGUGCUGCCCCAGGAGGGCACCAUCCUGCCCAACAACUACCCCUGCUACAUCACGGGCUGGGGCCUGACCCGCAGCAACGGGCAGCUGUCCAGCGUGCUGCUGCAGGCCUACCUGCCCGUCGUGGACUACCAGACCUGCUCCAGCCCGUCCUACUGGGGCUCCACCGUCAAGAACACCAUGGUGUGCGCCGGCGGCGACGGCGUGCGCUCCGGCUGCCAGGGCGAUUCCGGCGGGCCCCUGCACUGCGCUGUCAACGGCCAGUACCAGGUGCACGGCGUCACCAGCUUCGUGUCCAGCCAGGGCUGCAACGUGGCCCGCAAACCCACCGUGUUCACCCGCGUCUCCGCCUACGUCUCCUGGAUCAACAGCGUCGUCGCCCAGAACUGAGCGCAGCGGGACCAGCGCUCGCUGCCCCUCGCCCCUCGACAUCCCCCGCCUCCCCCGCGCCCAGCCCCGGCCCUCUCGCACCCGAGCCGCCCUCAAUAAAAUCUCUCCUCCCG